AUGAUGAACGAUAUUUCAGAGGAGCCGGAGAAGGACAACUUGCUCGAAGCGCCUCGAAAUUUGAUGGGACCUGGUAGUGGCGCAAGACCAAAAUCUAGCGAUGGAGGCAUCAGGCCGAUGGAGAAAAGAGGACCUUACAUCAUGUCAAGAGCGCCGGCCAUCCAUCUUAAACUACAAAAACACAGGGAGCUAGCUAGGAAGGCGCUAAAGAAGAAGGGUCUCUCACCUGGACCGCCUGUUACACAUCAGCCCAGGCAAGGAGCCAAGAGAAAAGUCAAGUUUAACAAGGGCUAUGCUGCCUUGAGUCAACACGCGGAGGAAACUUUGAUUGCACUAGAUUCAGACAGUGAUGAAGAGAUUGAUUUUGAGCAGUGCUCCUCGGGCUACUCUUCGGCUGAGAUCCACCCGGACUUGAAUAGGCAGCUGCUUCAAGACGGCUACCGACUGGACGAGAUUCCCGAUGAUGAGGACCUGGACCUGAUUCCGCCCAAAGCCAUGGGUUCCUCCUUGUGCUGCUGCAUAGAGACCCCGUCUUGCUGCACGCAGUGA